ACCGUAUGUGUCAGAGCAAAAACACAACCCUUUAUAUAUGCUUCCAAAUUCUCCACCACGGAUCGUAACAUACUUCAGCAAUGGCCCAGCAAAAGCGGUUAAGAGGUCUGGCUCAAAACCUCAAAGACAAAGCCUCGGUGAUCGCCGCAGCGCUAUCCACCAAGCGUCACCUCUCCUCCGUCCGUGUCCACGUGCUCCGCGCCACCACGCAUGCCCUCGCGGCACCACCCUCCGAGGAAACAAUUUCUGCUGUCCUCGCGGUCGGGCACGGCGGCUCCCACCGUCAUCCGCGCGCGUGCAUCGACACUCUCAUGGACCGCCUCCACACCACGCGCAGUGCCACCGUGGCACUCAAAUGCCUCUACACUCUCCACAACGUCGUCGUAAAGGGACCCUUCGUAUUGAAAGACCAACUAUCUUGUUACCCUUCUUACGGUGGCCACAAUUUUCUUAACCUCUCCACCUUCCGAGACGUCUCGGACUUGGAAUCGCUCGAACUCAGUUCUUGGGUGCGCUGGUACGCCGCCGUACUGGAACAGACCUUAACCGUUUCAAGAAUCUUAGGUUAUUACUUGAACGAUUCUUGUGAAUCCCAAGAAAAAAAGAAGACUUUGGUUGUUUCGAACGCGUCGAAUGCGGAUUUGUUGUAUAAGUUGGAGGUUCUCGUGGGUUUCGUCGAACAAAUAAGCCACGUGCCUGAUUCGUUGCACCUUCAGAGGAACGAGUUGGUGUACGAGGUUGUGAGAUUGGUCGGGGAGAAUUAUAGGAGCGUUCAAGGUGAGAUUUUUUUGCGUGUUGAGGAGCUUGGGGAAAGAAUAAUGGAGGAUUUUGAUGUGGGUGAGUUGAACGAGUUGGUGGGGUAUUUGGGGAGAUUGGAAGAGAGUCGUGAAAAGUUGUUGCUUUUGUUUGUGAAUAGAAGAAAGAAUAAUGGGUUUUGGGAAUUGGUUGAGAAGACGAAGGGGAAGGGUGUGGCGAAGAAGAAGGAGAUUGAAGGGAAGUGGCUCGCGGUGGUGGUGAGUGGCAACGCCGCCGAGUUGACUCGGUCCACGAACCCGUUUCUUGACCCGGGGCAACAACUCAGUCCGGUCCCCCGGUUAAGUUUUGCAACGGUAAGGUGAAAUACGGCAACGGUCAUUUUCAGUGAGAAUUUGUCAAAAAUAAAAAUAGUAAAAACACUCAUUCUUUUAAUUUUUUUCCCGUUUAUUUUGUGGGAAUCCGCAGUCUGCGCCUUCCAGUUGGAGGUGUGGUGCUCUAUACUUUUUCAGUACUUUUUUUAUUUUUCUUUGAUGUGGGGCUGUGGGGCUCGAUGCUUGCCGUCGUGUGCAUGAUUAAAGUGUAAAAAACAGAUCUUAUAAUGUAUAUCAAGAUAACAAAGAGAUUUCUGUAAAAAAAAGAAAUUAAAGAAGAGAUUUAGUGGACUUUUUUGAUUGAUUUUUGAA